AUGCCUAAAGAUUCCAAAAAUCCCGGCCAACCGGAGAACAGAGGCUCUACCAACCAGCCAUACACCAAGACGCCUCUCGUAUUCAUUCAUGCGCCGACCGAGCGCAAGAUCCUCGUACCGCGUCUUGAGAACUAUGAGUCCAUGUUGAAACUCGCUGCGGAGAAGAUUGGAACACCUGAUGAUGUGUCGCGCAUGGUACUCAAGUCUUCGACGGUACCUGGGCUCGACGGCGAGAAGGUCGAGAUUAGUAAAGAACUGUGGCCGGAGUUGGUCAAAGAGCUUGGGACGUUUGAAGUGGACGAGUUGAAGCAAAAUGCCGACAAUACUGCAGCGAAGAAACCUCAGGUGCCUCAAGAACCGGCCGGUAACGGUCCCAUACCCACUGUUGCUUCUGCCUCUACCACGCGCACCGCCGCGGUAAAGCCCGCGAAUAAGCCAACGCAGGCACCAUCUCGUGACGCCACUCCCGAGGCGACAGACAUAAUUGCCGCAGAAUUUGAGGGACACCUCGCUCGGAAGCGUAUCCAUCCAUUGCCUGCAAAAGCACCAGGAAAGGAAUUUACUUUCCACAGGGCUAAACCUUUCCCAUCUUCUACUAAGACCCAACGACUGGCGGCUCUCGAGAAUCUCAGAUUCAAAAGACGUGCCGACAACCGAGUCCUUGCGAGACGCGACAAUACAGGAUUUGGUACUAACUCGGCCCCUCCGGCGCGCGGCAUCUCGAUCGGACAUACAGCCUAUUAG